UUGGCAAGUUAGGGUUGGGGCCUAAUAAAAAUUUUGACUUCUGGGGAUAGCGCUUUUUCGAGGAGGGAUUAUACGAGGAGAGGCAAUUCGAGGAUUUACGGCAUGACCACCACCGAUUCUCAGAUUUUUUGUUACGUCAAUGACAUGUGAUAUCCGAAAAUAUAUUCUCUCACGUGACCAUAAAUAUGCAAGAUUGCCACAGACAACUAGCAGAGAGGGCGUUCACAAAAUGGAUGAUAACUCUGCUCGAGCUAAAGAUUGUUAGUUUCAUGUAAAACCUUGGAUUUAACAGGCCAGUCUUACUUCUGCAUCGAAUAUGAAAAAGAGACAUGCAGAUGCUAGAAACUAUCCAGGAGUAUGUACCAUUCAAGCACAGUUUUGGGUACUUCAGUUCAUGGAUUGCUAGUAGGUAUAGGAUACCAGAUCAUACUUCUCAAGAAGAUGAACAAAAUAACGAAAAUGAUGAUAAAGGAAGUUUGUCAGAAGCCUGCAGUCAGAUUACAGCUCCAAGUAAAGAUGAAUCAAUCAAAGACGAGUUGGAUGCGCAUCAAAAAGAAACAGGAACAACCGAAACGCUGAUGUGUGAAACAACAUUUAUAUCACCUGCACCAGAGCCACAGGAAAAACACGGCCAGCCGAACAGUCAUCAAGGGAUUUCUUCCUCAAGUAAUGGCGGUUAUCAAAAAGGCGCGAAUGACGAUGAUAGCUACACCUCAGGGACAGAAAAUGGCAAGCAAGGCUGUGUUGGUUCAAAAAUAGAAUCAUUUUUGUACAAUAACAUCCCUUUAGACGAUUGCAGUUGUGCCAGCGAUUCUGAAAACGACAAUCUAAAGUCUGACAGUAAAACCAACGGGAAAGAAAAAAAACGUUUAGGAUCACACUCUUUAUCGAAAAAGAUGCCGUUAUUUUUGAAAGGGCGAAGAAAGAAAAAGCGCCGUGGAAGCACGUUGAGUGAUUACAAGUCAUCGCUGGCUAGAAUUCAUUGCGCAUGUGCCAUUGGUGGCGACGAAUUGUGUCUUGUUCACCUAAAAAGUCACAGCGAGUCGGAUAUAAACGUAUCGAGAUACAAGCGCAGCGAGGAUUACUCAACUAAUGGGGAUUUGUCUGAUAUCUCGGUGACGUCGUUUUCAUUAGCUGAAGAUGACAGCAGCAGCGGUAGUUAUGUGGACAUAGACUUGCGUUACAUCCGCAAAUCAUUACUUGGCUCUGGCAGUUGGAGCAAAUCAGAUCGUAGUAUAGAACUGUCAAGUGAUUGGUCGGAGAUACAUCGCACAAUCAGUGAUCCCAGCCUCUGCGAAGACACUAUAAGCUUGGCAGAAGAGUGCCGAGAAAGUGAUAUCCCAGACACUGCGUCGGACUUCAGUCAAGACAGCCGCACUCAGGUAUCUCGAGUUCGGUCGAAGCAUGUUCGCAGUCGAAUUAAAAGAAUGCCUUUUGGCCACAACGUAAACGAAUCUUUUGUCGAAAAUGAAUGCUUUUGUUGUCAUUGUAUCGUCAUGUAGCUGUCUGUGUCCGUAAUAUCAAUUCCAAUCGCAAGUGUCAUUAUAUCAAUUCAUUUAUUAAUCUCAUUUAGCUCUUUUAUUUACCCAAAAACAAGUCAUUUCAUACAUUUACCCCACAUCAUUAUGUUACUUAUAUAUUUUAACGUAGGUUUUAGUAUUUAUUCAAUCAAAAAUCAAUUUCAGUGUACGACUUAAAUAAUUACAUCGUAGUGUGUUCUCGAAAGUUCUUCCUUGUUGAAAAAAACCUAACGAUUUCACAAUGAUUAACCUUUUCCCCAAAUUGACGAAAAUGAGAAUAUCUAUUCAUAUACAUCUAUUUGGUCCGCUGACAUUUUAAAACUGUAAUCUAUGCAGAUAAAACGGUAAAAUCGUUCCUUGUGUGAUUUGUUUGCAGUAUUUGGAAAAUUUGUGUUUUAAUACCGUAUGUUAGUGAACGCAGUGAAAGCGGCCUUGGAUUUUGGAUCUUUCAUUGUCAAAAUUUCCAGGAAUUCAUUUCUACUUUUUCGGAUUGUUUUUUUCUCAAAAUCUCAAGCAUAUCGAUUUUAUCGGCUGCUUUAGAUUUUAUCGUAGUAGUGCUUAAAGUAGUGCUUUCUAGAUUUGUGAAAUUUUUCAGUCAAUAAUUGUCAUGAGGCAUUUUUCAAUAUUUCAAAGCCAUGGUAGAUUUUCUAAGUAUAUUUUUAUAUAUGGUUUUAAAUACUCCAAUUAUAACUUGAUUAUCCUCUAAGUUAAUAGAUUUAUAUCAGUUUGUAGCCUAAAUAAAGCAUAUUUUAUUACAAAAUACAAUAUAUUGCAAGAAGAA